UCGGCGGCGGAGCGGUGGCGCGAGGCUGCGGAGCUGCGGGGCGCGGGUCGGGGUGAGGAUGCUGCAGGGCGGCCGCGGAGGCGCUGCUUGCUGCUGAGGCGGCUGGGCUCUGCGCGGCCUGGGCCCGUGACUGCGCGACGAGCGCGGCGCUCCCGAUCGGACGAAUGUAUGACAGCAUGUCCACAAUGGUGUACAUACAGGAAGAGAAGCUGGAGAAGCUUACCCAAGAUGAAAUCAUUUCGAAGACGAAGCAGGUGAUUCAGGGGCUGGAAGCUCUGAAGAAUGAGCACAACUCCAUCCUGCAGAGUUUGCUGGAGACACUGAAGUGCUUGAAGAAGGAUGACGAGAGCAACCUGGUGGAGGAGAAGUCCAGCAUGAUCCGCAAGUCCUUGGAGAUGCUGGAGCUUGGCCUGAGUGAGGCACAGGUGAUGAUGGCCCUAUCCAGUCACCUGAAUGCCGUGGAGUCAGAGAAACAGAAGCUGCGUGCUCAGGUCCGCCGUCUGUGCCAGGAGAACCAGUGGCUGCGGGAUGAACUGGCCAACACGCAGCAGAAGCUGCAGAAGAGCGAGCAGUCGGUGGCUCAGCUGGAGGAGGAAAAGAAGCACCUGGAGUUCAUGAACCAGCUGAAGAAAUAUGACGAUGACAUCUCUCCCUCGGAGGACAAAGACUCUGAUUCUACCAAAGAGCCAUUGGAUGACCUCUUCCCAAAUGACGAGGAUGACCCAGGACAAGGAAUCCAGCAGCAACACAGCAGCGCUGCUGCCGCUGCCCAGCAGGGGGGCUACGAGAUCCCAGCAAGGCUGCGUACACUCCACAACCUGGUGAUCCAGUAUGCUUCACAGGGCCGGUAUGAGGUGGCAGUGCCCCUCUGCAAGCAGGCCCUGGAGGACCUGGAGAAGACUUCCGGCCAUGACCACCCCGAUGUGGCCACCAUGCUCAACAUCCUGGCCCUGGUGUACAGGGAUCAGAACAAGUACAAAGAUGCAGCCAAUCUCCUCAAUGACGCCCUGGCUAUCCGUGAGAAAACUCUGGGCAGAGAUCACCCCGCGGUGGCAGCGACUCUCAACAAUCUAGCAGUGCUGUAUGGCAAACGAGGGAAGUACAAGGAGGCCGAGCCGCUGUGCAAACGAGCCUUGGAGAUCCGAGAGAAGGUUCUGGGAAAGGAUCAUCCGGACGUUGCCAAGCAGUUAAAUAACCUGGCCUUACUGUGCCAGAACCAGGGCAAGUAUGAGGAGGUGGAGUAUUACUACCAGAGGGCCCUGGAGAUAUACCAGACAAAGCUGGGGCCCGAUGACCCCAACGUGGCCAAGACGAAGAACAACCUGGCCUCCUGUUAUCUGAAACAAGGGAAGUUCAAACAGGCAGAAACGCUGUACAAGGAGAUCCUCACCCGUGCGCACGAACGGGAGUUUGGUUCUGUGGAUGAUGAAAACAAGCCCAUCUGGAUGCACGCGGAGGAGAGAGAAGAGUGCAAAGGAAAGCACAAGGACGGGACGUCUUUCGGAGAGUACGGCGGCUGGUACAAAGCCUGCAAAGUGGACAGUCCUACCGUCACAACCACUUUGAAAAACCUUGGAGCACUUUACCGACGGCAGGGGAAAUUUGAAGCUGCAGAGACAUUGGAAGAAGCUGCCAUGAGGUCACGUAAACAGGGUCUUGACACUGUUCACAAACAGAGAGUGGCUGAAGUGCUAAACGACCCUGAGAACAUGGAGAAGCGGAGGAGCCGGGAGAGCCUCAACGUGGACGUGGUCAAGUACGAGAGUGGCCCUGACGGAGGCGAGGAAGUGAGUAUGAGCGUAGAGUGGAAUGGGGAUGGCACUGGAUCUUUAAAGCGCAGUGGCUCCUUUAGCAAACUCCGGGCUUCCAUUAGACGCAGCAGUGAGAAGCUGGUUAGGAAGCUGAAGGGAGGAAGUGCACGGGACAGUGAGCCGAGGAACCCUGGGAACGAAAUAAUUGUCUGGCAGUCUUGAGAGCACUGAAUGCCAGCCACACUGGCCUCGCCACUGAGGGCUGGGGCUGAACUAGAUAGGAUCCCCGAGAGGGCUGGAGCGCUGACACCCUUGGAGACCUGGCAGCCCCCCAGUCUGCCCCCCAGUCUUUCUCAAUGGGGCAUCCACCGACAUCCGGAGGCUGUUGCAUAAAAACUGCCUGGCAGCCAUGCCCCAGAAUUCCGUUGUCUGAUCUGCACCCAGGCCUGGCGACUGCUAGCGACCAGAGCCAGUGGCACUGUGGCCAGGGAGGCUAGCUAGGCCGCAGCUGGUGGCCCAGGCAUGCGUAGACCAGAUGUGUGUGACUUCCGCCACCCACCCUGUCAUGACAACCAGAUCUUUUUAAAAGGUGCCUGUCCCGGGGAAGGCACCAGGGUCGCGCUGGGGAGGAGGCUAAGCAGGCAAAGUUCUUGCCGCCACUCAAGCGUGAGGAGUGAGAGUCUCUCAGAACACAGGUGAAAACCUGGUGGGUAUGGGCCCUUCUGGAAUCCAAGCCUGCAGAAGGCUGGCUGGCCUGACUAGUUGCCGCAGAGGAGCACUCUGGGGACUUGUAUGCAGUCAACAUUGUGCAAGAUUGUUUCAUGUUCUCAGGAGACAAGCAGGGUGGGUCGCUGUCCCUUCUCACCAUUCUUUAUGGUGAGGUCAAUGUCCUCAGUGGCUAUUGCAGGGGAGCUCGCGGGUGGUGGGCACAGCCGCCGUGCGGGUGGGUACUGUGGGGUUGGUGUGUGGUCCUGAGCAUGGAGUGUUGGAAGGGUUGAGAUGAGAAUUUUCUGGAAGAAAGUCAGUGUGUGUGCAAGCAUGGCUCUGCGUACGGGCAUCAGGAUGACGUAUCCCGUUCUUCCUCCUUCCUGACCUGGUUGCCAGUUUGUGCUGCAGGUGCCCUUACCCUUUGAGGCUCCUGCCCGCCUGAGGUAAAUAGUAAUGAUUGCUAGACGUCUGCAUCUCCUGCAGCCACCUGCACUCAUUCUUGAGCCGCCUGGGCCUGUGAUGCGGACUUGAGCAGUAGAUGGGACAGCAGGCGGCACGGUCCACCAGGUCACAGUGGCAGGCAUGGCCAGGCAGCUGGCUGGAGCAAAUGCAGAGACCCUGGGACAGGCUGUCCCAGCACUGGAGAGUGCAUGGUUCUCAGACCCUGAACCUGCAGGGCCCCUUGACCUAGCCGGUGAAUACGGGCCCUAGGACCUUUGGGCAUGUCUUCUAAGUGUGCCUGCUUUAGAACCGUGUUUUCACAUUUCCAGUACAAUCUAUUUAGAAAACAACUUAGAAUUGUCAAUACUUUGUUACAAAAUAAAGUUUUAUUUUCUGAUGUAACGUC